AAGAUCUCGGUCCACAUCCAAAGAGGGGGUCCGCCACAUCGUCGAAGAUCCCAGGACACGAGCGAGCACGGCGCCAUGGCGAUGCGCGCAGUCCUGUCCCGAAUGGCAAUGCCCUUGCGAAGUACCCUGACGCGGUCUCCGGUCGCCUUCAAGCCGCUCCAGCAGCCGCGCUGCAACCUCACGACCAUCUCGCGGCCCCUCUGGAGGCCGGAAGUGCGCGCCGCUACUGCUUUGAUCCAGCCACGCCAGGAGAAGGCCCAUCCACCGGUGGUCAGCGGUCUUCGCACCAUGUCCACGUGGCGCCUUCGGCCCUAUGCUGCUGCAGGAGCAGGAGCAGCCCUGCCCUUAACCUCCCUCAGUGCCGGCUACAGCAAGGUGGGCCUGUCUUUGCUGGUGCUCCCCUGGAAGGCGCUGCCCAUGGCGCUCGCACUGGCACCCACCGUGUGGGUCUUGCCGGCGGCCUAUCGCAUGAUCUUUCAAAACUCUAUGAGGCAUACCACUGCAUCCGUCUUCACAGUGAUCUUGUAUUUGGUGCUCUCCUUCAUGCCAGUGCCAUGCUUUGAGAACCUCUUCUCCGAGCUGGCCUUCUAUGGCAUCGCCCUGGUCUCCACCUUCUUCAUGUACACCUUCUUUCCGGAGGUCCUUCUUCAUGACUUCAUGUUCAUGCACUACUUGGCGCUCUUCACGAUUCCAUUGAUCCCCUUGGCCUUUGCCUACAUGCCCAUGUUCGCAGCCAGGAGCUAUCUAUUCCUCUAGAUGAACUGUGCGGUGACCAGAUAUCAGUGGUGUGCACGGAACAGCACAUCAGACCGAAUCAGACCCUCCUGAGUUCUGCCAAUGAGAAGUCUUGCAGAAAAGAAAAAGGUAUCAACUUG